UUCAUGCACCCACCGUUACUACUUUCUGUCUCCUUCUCUACGCCAAAACGAAGAAUAAUUAAUACCCAAAUUAAAGAAGAAAAAGAAUAUUUAAAACAGAAAAUGGUACAACAGUCCAAAUUAGUAGAAAAGGCAUUUACUGAUAUUUUUCCGUUUUCUUCUUCUUCUUCUUCGUCUUUCUCUGCUUCCCCGACACCAUGCUUAUUCACACUCCUUCGACUUCAUCACUCUUUACAGGAAGGCUUGCUGCGAUGGACAUAUCCUCUACUACUCUCGGGAUGGGGAGAAAGAGGAUUCGGCAUGUGCUGUGGCCACUUGAUGAAAUAGAUCCUAAGAAUUCGAAGUUCCCUUGUUGCUUAGUUUGGUGUCCUCUCCCGGUGGUGUCUUGGCUGACGCCUUUCUUUGGGCAUGUUGGCAUUUGUAGGGAAGAUGGUGUGAUCUUAGAUUUUUCGGGUUCCUACCUCAUCAAUGUCGAUGAUUUUGCAUUUGGAGCUGUAGCCAGAUACUAUCAGCUUGAUAGAACAAAGUGCUGCUUUCCCCCACACCUCGCGGGGCACACCUGCAGCUGCAGAUACCGGCACGCAGACAAUGGAACAUCGAUCACUUGGGACGACGCCCUCUACUCGAGCCAAUGCCACUUCGAGCACCACACCUACAACAUCUUCACCUGCAACUGCUACUCCUUUGUGGCUAAUUGCCUCAACCGGGUGUGCUAUGGCGGGUCAAUGGGGUGGAACAUGGUUAGCGUGGCGGCUCUCGUGCUGAUCAAAGGCCACUGGGUCGACGGCUUCUCUGUUCUAAGAUCAUUUCUCCCCUGCAUCACAGUGCUCUGCUUGGGACUAGCCAUGACUGGAUGGCAUUUCUUGAUUGCCUUGUUGUCCUUCUCUUUCCUUGUUUUUGGAUGGUUUGUGUUUGGUACAUACUGUGCUAAGAAUCUACUCAAGUGGUAGAAAUGUAGACUCUUGUGCAAUAG